UCGACGUUCAUGACAGCGUGACCCUUAAAUUACCACGCCACCUUUGCGAGCUUCGUGAACAGUUGCACUUAAACUGAAUUGCUCCUUAGAAUUGCACCUUUGCAAUCUUCUCAGUUCCAUCUGUUUUGAGACGUCAUGUCAUUUUUUGGAGCCAGCACGGCUUCAACAGCACCAGCGGCGCCUGCAGAAAAGGAUAUUGAAGUCCCGGAGCCGCCGACUGACUCCAUCUCUUCCCUAGCUUUCUCUCCUGCAGCAGACUAUCUAGCUGUAGGGAGCUGGGACAACAAUGUGCGUUUGUAUGAAGUUGGCGCUGGAGGGCAGACUCAAGGCAAGGCAAUGUUUGGCCACCAAGGACCUGUGUUGAGCGUGUGCUGGAACAAGGAGGGUAACAAAGUUAUUUCGGGGGGUGCGGACAAUGCCGCACGCAUGUUUGAUAUCACGAAUGGGCAGUCACAGCAGGUGGCACAGCACGAUGCCCCUGUAAAGGUCGUGAAGUGGAUCGAGACCCCACAGGGUGGCAUUCUGGCCACUGGCAGUUGGGAUAAGACCGUAAAAUACUGGGAUAUGCGCUCGCCAACUCCUGUUGCCACUGUUGCACUUCCUGAGCGCUGCUACAGCAUGGAUGUCCAAUAUCCGCUCAUGGUAGUUGCCACGGCAGAGCGAAAUAUCCAGAUUUUCAAUCUCACAAACCCCAACACAGCAUACAAAACCAUCUCUUCCCCGCUGAAAUGGCAAACGCGUGUCGUUUCAUGCUUCACCAACUCCGCUAGCAGUGGGUUUGCUGUGGGUAGUGUGGAAGGCCGUGUCGCCAUCCAAUACGUCGAAGACAAAGACAGCUCGAACAACUUUUCAUUCAAGUGCCAUCGAAAAGACCAGACGCCGAACGCCAAGGACCAAUCUCUCGUGUACGCCGUCAAUGACAUUUCAUUCCAUCCUGUGCACGGGACCUUCUCUACUUGUGGCUCUGAUGGGACCAUCCACUUCUGGGACAAAGACGCCCGCACACGACUAAAGACUUUUGAAGCGGCUCCUGGGCCGAUCAGUGCUACAGCAUUCAAUCGCAACGGCACGAUCUUCGCAUAUGCUGUCUCGUAUGACUGGUCCAAGGGCCACAGCGGCAUGACGCCAGGACACCCCAACAAACUCAUGUUACAUGCUUGCAAGGACGAUGAGGUCAAGAGGCGACCAAAGAAGUAGUUGAGGCAUCGAGACAGUUUUUUGAGCUGACGUUUGAGUACAUAGUACGCUAUCUACAUCCAUGUGUCGAUGUGUUGCAUUAAUAGCACGGCAGUUGUUUCUCCGACUACCCUC